AUGGACAUUAGCGCAUUAGAGGAGAAUUUAAAGGGAACAAAAGCAGUAGAAUUAUUGAGCAGGGAGAUAUUAAAUUCUAUUUCACAGGGUGACACUGCCAGAACAGACCUUCUGUUUGAUACAGUUGCAAACACCUCUAAGAUAUCAAAACCAUCUAUCGCAAUUCUCUUAAAGAAAUCCUUAGAUGGGAUAGAAAAGAGCAGUACAGAGAUAGAAGAGAGAAUACGUAUAUAUAACCGACUAAUUCAAUGGGCAGAAGCCCACAAGAGAAAUCUUCUUAAAAUAGACUUUGACAUAAGAAAGAUUGAAGGACUUUUUUUUAAUGAAGGACUACGAGGGAGCAUUGAAUUUAAUAAGAACAACGGUAAAAUUGCUGAAAAAGGCAGACGACAAACUAGGGCUUGUAAAGCUAUUUUACCUAGAAAGUAA